CCCACUCAAUCUUCCCUCAUCACCAACGACCCUUCUUUAUCGCCGAAUUACCGUAAAAAAAUCCCGAGGUUAUCUCCUUCAGAUCAAUAAUUCAUAAAAUGCCUCCUAAGCUCUUUGUAACCGGAGCUUCGGGCUACAUUGGUGGCACCGCCCUCGACGUCAUCAUCAAUGCCCAUCCUGAGUACGAGAUCACCGCUCUUGUCCGCAGCCCAGAAAAAGCCACUGCGGUAACGAGAAAGUACCCUAACGUCAAGACCGUUUCCGGAGAGCUCGACUCUGGCUCCUUAAUCGAGGAGGAGUCCUCAAAGGCAGACAUCGUCCUCCACUUUGCAGAUUGCGAUCACGUCCCCUCGGCAAAGUCAAUUGUUGCUGGUCUCGAAAAGCGCGCGACGCCUUCAUACCUCAUCCACACCUCCGGAUCCGCAAUUCUCCCCGACAUUAAUCUUGCUUCAGAAUUCGGCAAAGCCGCUUCAGACAAGAUCUACGAUGACAUUGACAAUGUCCAAGAAAUCACCUCACUCCCAGAGUCUGGCCAUCUACACAGAGAUGUUGAUUCGAUUGUGAUUGGAGCAAAUUCUAACACUAUCAAGACUGCUAUUGUUUGCCCACCCACUAUUUACGGUCCUGGUUCCGGUCCGGGAAACAUUCGUAGCAACCAAGUCCCUGAAUUGAUCAAAUGCUCUUUGAAGCGGGGCCAGGCCUUCCAGGUGACCAACGGGGCGACCAUCUGGAACAACGUCCAUGUCCAGGAUCUUGCUAACCUCUACCUUCUCCUGACAGAAGCUGCUGCUCAGCCUGACGGUGGAAAGGCUACUUGGGGGCCAGAAGGGUACUACUUUGCUGAGAACGGCGAGCACACGUGGGGCGAGCUCGCCAAGAAAAUCGCCAAGAAAGCUAAGGCUAAGGGCUACCUGAAGACAGACGAAGUUAUCUCCUUGCCUAACGAGGAAAUUAUCAAGCAACACCCCUUCGGCCACAUCCUCUGGGGCACAAAUUCCCGCGGUUGGGCCUCGCGCGCUAGAAAGGUUCUCGGAUGGGAGCCGAAGGGCGCCCCCUUAGACGAAACCCUCGACGAUGCCAUCGAAUUGGAGGCCAAAGCGUUAGGAUUGUAGGUGGUAUUAUGGGAACGAGGUUUCUAUUUUUACUUCUCCAAUAGUGUUUAUCAUAACAAAAAUAAAAACAAUCGUGUUGUGGCCUGGAUUUGAACAUAGGCUGCACUCUGUACAGAAAAUUUUAUGCCAA